AUGUGCGCCAUGGCUGAAAAUGAUGCCGCGAAUCAAAUUCGGUUCAGCGAUGCGACUUUCGGGUUCAUGAAUGGCCCCAGUCCAGAGACAGUGGCUCAAGCCGACGUUGGUCGCCAGCACCUUUAUGCCAAGUCGACACCAACCUGGGACUUUUCACAACUCGGCCCGGCAUACCAGAACACUCACUUGAGCACCAUCACCGCACCCUCCGCGACAAAGCCCCGCGAUACUGUUCCUGUUCCUGCUCCUGCUCCUGCUCCUGCUCCUGCUCCUGCUCCUGCUCACGCUCCUACUCCUGCUCCUGCUCAGGAGAACGCUUGGCACAUGCCCCUCUUUGAUCAGCCACCGAACAGCGCGUUCAACUUUGACGGUUUCGCACCCGCGGAUGUGAAUUCGAGUGUUGUCUUUCCAGCUGCCAACUUCGACUCGCCAACCGGCUCGGAUGCUAAGCAGUCCUUCGCCACCGCCGUGUCAACGUCGCUCCAGGAGAAACUACGCAACAUCGCCAUGCCUCCCCAUCUCCAUUAUCAUUCUCCCAACAGCGCAUCGAGCCCCGAAUCUGCCAAGAGCGAGUCGAAAGUCCAUGCAUCAUCUUCAUCACCAGAACAGGUGGGAACUUGUCCAAAUGACAACAGAAAACGCAAGGUGUCAUCGGAACCAGAGGAUGAGGAUGACGUCGAUGAUGAGGACAAGCCGGUUAAGAAGACGGCCCACAACAUGAUUGAGAAACGGUACCGCACCAACAUCAAUGACAAAAUUGCCGCGUUGCGCGAUAGUGUUCCCAGUCUAAGAAUCAUGUCCAAGAGCGCCAGAGGUGAGGAUACGACUGAAGAUCGAGAAGAGCUGCACGGUCUUACUCCGGCUCAUAAAUUGAACAAGGCAACGGUUUUGAGUAAAGCCACCGAGUAUAUUCGCCAUCUGGAGAAGAGAAACAUUCGCCUGCUGGAAGAGAAUAGCGCUAUGCAGGCUCGAAUCGUUGCGUUUGAGAAACUCUUCAUGGCUGGAGCCAUGAAUGGUUCCCUCAGCCCGAUACAGCAUCCUCCCACGCCCUUGUCCUACACUCAGGAGGCUGUGCAGCAGUUCAACAACUCGCCCAUAUCUCCGCUACAGCCCAGUAAUGCUUCACCUGCUGGCAUGAUCCCGGUGUCAGAUGACAUGAAGAGAAUAAUUUCAGCUCAGAUGGCUGGAGGUCAACCGUAUCCCGUACCUCAGCCAGGGUUCCGUGCUGCCAACCCUUCCGUGAUUCGUCAACAGCAGAUACAACAACAGCAGCAGCAGGAGCAGAACGGCUGGAUGCAAGGCAAUCCGUAUUUUGGCAAGCUCAUGGUUGGUUCUCUUGCCGGACUCAUGUUUAUCGAAGCCUUGCGAGAGUCAGAGACAAGCAACGACGAGACGCAAGGACGUGGUCUUUUCGCACUGCCGACACAGCUGCUUGGGUCCGUCGCCUCAGGACUCGAUGUACACUUGAUGGGCUAUCACGCUCUUUCGUCCCUCAAAGCCUUACUGCUGCUCGGCACCUUUUUGUGGGUAUUCGUCCCAUCCUUGUUCGUCAGCCGCGUUCGUGAAGAAAACAAGCCACGGGCUGCGACCCUGCGCAAGGCUCCGUCUUUGGCUUCGUCGAUUCACAUUCGUCGACAAGCGUGGCUCACUGCUAUCCAGACUGUCUGGGUGCCCAGGCAUAACUUCUUCCUGGAGGCUGCUGCUCUUAGUCUCAAGACCAUGAAGCUCAGCUUACGGAACGCCAUUGGCCCUCAUGGUUUCCAGAUGCUCACGGGAUUGACUGAGGAAAAAGAGACGGCAAGGAUCAAGGCAUGGUCGAUCGCUCUCGACUCCCAGCUGGCGGGUGGCGACGUCGAGGUGUGCACGAGUCGUCUUGUCUUGACCCUUCUCGCAUCCAGCACUUUGCCCGACACCCCGGUCCGCCUUAUGCUGAAAGCUUUGCACAUUCGCGUUCUUUUCUGGCACCUGACACACAGUAAGCUGCUGCAGUCUGGGGCCAAUGCCAUUGCCGCCAAGCUGGCCAGGUCGAGUUGGGUAGAGGCUCGACAGCUUAGUCAACUCCUGACCCAGCUUCGUCGAGGUUCCCUCGUGCAACACGAAGACGAGUUACCAGAGCAUCUCGUGGCCUUGGUUGAACAGGAAUGCGAUGAUGUUUUAAAGCCUCGAGUCAUAGAGCGAGCUUACAACCUGUGCUUCAACAUGGACACGACAUACAAUGUUUCUGAACCCAUGGAUGGGAUGGACAACGUUGUCGACGACGUGGCGAUUCGUUCCCCCUUGGACGCCGUCGCCGCAUGGUGGUCUGCCGAGGUUCUGCAUGGCGUCCUGACAGACUCGCUGGACAAGGGCACGCAACCAGCGAGAGACUCUGUCAAGGACAUUGAGAUUGCCAUCAAGGUGUCCCCGAUUGGGUCGUACGCUCAGCUGCGAGCCAUAGUGGCUCGUGCCGUGCUGGUCAGAAGCUCGCGCGGAGCUCAUAUUGCCGCCGCUCUGCAAACACUCAAGUCGGACAGAAUGUCCAGCCCUCUUUCCAAGCCCAACCUGGUCAUCGGCCACGGUUUCGACGACUUUUCGACGGACUUUUCGAUUGCGUUGCGAUGCGCCAUGGCCAUUGCCCAUCUCACCCGCCUUCCGAACACGCCUGGCGCUACGUUGCAAAACGUAGAUUCCCUCAAUGGCAUAGUACGGGCUGACAACCUGACUUGCAUGUCGCUGCUGGGAUUCACCUCGGUCAUGGAGCUCAUGGAGCACCUGCUGCAAUACAAGAAGAGUGACGCAAGAAUCGACGUCGUCUUGGAAAGGUUUGCAGCAAUCUUGCGCCUCUGGGUAGGGGGCCCGUUUGCGAGCCGGUGCGGCAUUGACUCGGAGCUUCGGCAAGAUAUCGUGGAGAGAUGCCUUGCUGUAACCAAGGAUCUGGUGGGGAUGGAGAUUGACACUGGCUACGGCAGCAUGAGUGAAGAAGAAGAAGAAGAAGAAGAAGAAGAUGAUGAUGAUGAUGAUGAUGAUGGAGGAGAAGCCGUUUAUGAAUAG